AAUUUGUUGUUGUAACGCGUAAUUUGUGUACCUAUCAAACUCUGUGUAGUAUUCGUUGAUUAUUUUGGCGACAUAUCAGCGUAGUUUCGCAGUUUUGUGUGUUAUUGCUAACUUGGGAAUUCAGCCAGUGGGAAUUUUCCUGUUCUCAAAAUCUUGUGGUCAAUCUUAUUGAAAUGGCUUUAUCGUUCGAUGAUUUACUGAAAGUUGAGGGUGGGAUGGAUGUUUCUCUAGAUGUGGACAUCCCAGAUAAUUUGUUUGAUUUAGAUAAUUCCUCAUAUGACAUUAUUCAGACAGACACGGCCGGUAACAAGUGCCAGAAGAAGUCGCCAUUUCAUGAAUCGGACAGUGGCAUGUCAGAGGACUUUAACAGUGUAGAUCUAAACAGCCCCCAGAGCGUUACCAAUUCAUCAGGGAAAAUGCUGGAUGAGUUUGUGGACGCUCUAGAGUUUGAACCCUUCUGCCAUGGCGCAGAUAAGGACCUUUCUGACUAUUUUUGUUCUGCCUCAAAAUCAGAAUCUGAGGAAGAAUACCAAUAUACUGACAUCAGCAGCAACCAUCCAGUAACAACUCUCAUGACACAAACAUCUGUGUCUAGUUCUAGGUCAAGUUCACCAGAGAUUCCAGUGAAGUCACUACGUAAUAGGGUGGUUCAGGCAAACAGCAAGGCUGCUCCUGUUUCCUCCAAAACUGUUUGUAAGUCACCUCCACAUGACAAUGUAACAACCUCACAACCAACAGGUAUUCAGUCUGUGAAGGUUUUGAAAGUUAUUAAAACCUCUGGUAACGCCAAUACAGCAACAGAGGUGUUGAAGGCCCUGGACGACCGCAACAAGAAGAAUGCAGUUCAGGCUAAAGUCAACAGGGAGAAAAAGAAGCUGUACAUCAAAUGUCUUGAGGACCAAGUCUCUGAUCUUACAAAUACGAAUGGUCAUUUGAAAGUAGAGAAUGACUCUAUCAAGCAUAAAAACACUGCCCUGGAGGAGGAAGUUCAGUACCUGCGAGCUGUGCUGGCAAAUGAAAGCAGCUUGUCCAGGCUGCUUGGUAACAUUGAAAAUGUUCAAAAUGUGAAACUGAAGUCUUCAUUUGCCUCCCGCAAGCGCAGUGCAGCUAUGGACCACGAUUACACCCCCAGCAAGAAAAGCAAGCAAUCACACUCAACUGCUGGUGUAUGUCUGCAUGUGGACAAUGACACAGUAUCUUUGGAAUUCUGUUCUAAGUGUUCUAAGAUGGCAAAAUCAAGUGAUGAAGAUUGACAUUUAAACUGAACCAGAAAGCGUUCUCCCAAGUGCUAGACUGCUUGAACCAACCAAGCGGAACCAGUCUGUGCUGGCCAUGCACAGGAAAGACUUCCAUCCAUGGGACCUCAAGUUGACAGAAUGUUGCAGCAGUGUUCUACACUAUGGAAGGAAAAUGUCCAAUGACUUCCAGCCAUGACCUCCAAAAGUGACAAAACUGUCACGACUGUGAUGUAAAUAGUUGUCAUGUGAGAAUUUGCAGAUGUUUACCUGAGAAAUGUUUGUUACAACUUUGCAAUUGUUAGCAAUCAUGGUAAAUUGUUCAAUGUUUGACAUAUACUCUGAUCUGGCAAUCUUGCAAAAUGAUUUUUUUCAGAAGCAGCUUGGGUGCAGUUCUGGCUGAUGUUGAUACACUGCAAGAGAUUGCCUUUUCAGAGAUUAGAUUGAUGCAAUAUUCAAUUGUGACUUUCCAUUUUAGGGAAGCAAGCCAGUGUGGGAAAUCUAAUCUCACCGAGAUGAUUGCUUGGCAGAAUGUUUGUUUAUUCGCUUCCUGUGUGCGUGCAGAGCCAAGAUCUGUAGUAGAGAAUCUUUGAGAAACCAAGAGUUAAAGGAGUGGGUAAUGUUACAUUGGUAAGAUACUUGCCAACAGGUAACAUGGGUUUGGUAAGGCUCGUGAAGAAAAAUGUAAAGUUAAAUCUUUUUUGGGAAUUCACGAAAAUUGUGUGUUUGGCAUUUAUUUUUUUCUGGUUUAAUUUUACAGUUUUCUUCACUCUGUUCAAAUAAGGCAUUAUAACAGACAUUAUAAUUUCACUGUAAAGGUUUUGGUGUGCCCAUUAAAAAAAUUCAAGAAAAGCUUCAGUAAGAUUGUAUUUACAGUACGUGAGUGAUCACUUUCAGCAUUGGACAUAAAACUUUGUAGAAAUUGAUGUUUCUCGGGCAUAUGCUAUAUUUCUCCACUGAGAACUCUUUAUCUGUUCUAAUUAAACCUUGUGCUUAUUUGAUCAGAUGAGCCUGGUUGUUCAAAUGAUUUCAUUGGAUAUGGUAACAUCAUUCAGAUCUUGACAUAGCCUGUAAUCUAGUGAAUUGAAUUGACACCUGAUGGUGUUGGACAGUUAUUGAUAUUUUGCUUAUUGUUUGUAUGAAUAAAAUUGUAAUUAUUGAACAUGAAAAAA